AGUCGGAGUAAUGUUCUCAUAUUCCUUCUCCAGCUAUAGUAUGGCCUCAUCGAUCACGAAUAAAACGGAGCUGGGCAUUAUGAAGUCUUUGAAAGUUAAGUGGCUCAACUGGUGUGCUUGGUUCGUGGUACUUUUCCUGUUGCAGCUGCUUAUCACAUUUUUGUCACUGUUUAUAUUGUCAUCAUGUGGCUGGGAGCAAAAUAUUUAUGAAUACAGCGACCCCGUAAUCAUUUUUAGGUUCAUGCUGGCCUAUAUUGUGGCUAAUAUUACCUUCACCUUAAUGGUAUGCUCUAUUAUAGUCCAACAAAGUUGGAGUGCUAUAAGUUCGAUCCUGAUUCAUAUGCUGACAUAUCUGCCUUUUCCAGUAAUAUUGGUCUUCUACUAUAGAUUGUCGUUGUUGCCCCUACUGGUCUUCUGCCUCAUCCUUAAUACAGGAUUGGCCAUCGGAUUGAACAUAAUUCUCGAUUUGGAGCGUACUGCAGAGGGGCUUCAUAGCUAUAACUUUAACUUUCCGCACUUUGCCGGAUCUUAUAUUACAUUGGGACACGUAACGACAAUGCUUUUGCUAUCCGCGGUAAUUCACGUGUUGAUUCUGAUCUAUGUAGAAGGCAAACGCAGUGAAGGUAAUGCAGCUUCCAAAUAUGUUGAUGUUAGAUCACGACCGGUCGCAUGGUGCUAUCCGAUCAAGUCCCUAUUUAAGUGGUGCAGGAAAAAACAAGAAUCCAAAGUUUUAACACAUUCAAUGCUGUGUGAAUUGUUAAGUGAUGUAAGCAUUGGAGCUGAUGCACCCAAGGAACCUAAGGUAGAAAAGAAUACAAUGACGCAAAUUAGCCAAAAACCUAUAAGUGUAGAUGUUGACGUUGCUGUCUAUCAAAAGUAUCAAAGUCAAAAAAAGCCACUUAAACUGGAGCUAUCAAACAGUGCCUCAAUAAUUAAUUUGAUCAAACCUGAACAAAUUGAACAUCGGUCAAAAGAUAAGCUCCAAAGUCCUUCGUUAGAAAAUCUGUCCCAGUCGUCGUCGUCCCACUUAAAGUUCAUUACAUCAGGAGACACAAUGCAGAGUCAGCCUUUACAUUCCCAAGAUUCACCAUUCAUUGAAUCAACUUCCAGUCACACCUCCUGCCCUUCACGACUAUUAUUUCCAAUUGAGAACGUUGAGCUUGCUAAUGUCGAUGAAGGAAUAUCAGUGAUAAAUAUAAGCAAAUCUAUUGAUGGUGUUGAAUAUCUAAGUAAUAUUUCCAUGACAAUCCAUCCCAAAGAGGUCACUGUUAUUCUAGGUAAAAAAGAGGCAGGAACAAUGCUCUUGGCAGAAAUCAUAGCUGGAACAGUUAAAAUGACUUCAGGCCACGUAGUUGUUAAUGGCAAGAACAUAAGCGACUACAAAACUGGAAAGCAUUUCGACCAACCUUUCGCUAUAAUGCCCAAAGAGGACAUAACCUUCAGGGAUUUGACAAUCAAAGAGAAUUUGUAUUUCUACACAUAUGUACGGGGCAUGCGCAACCAUCGUCAGAUUGCACGCGAAAUCCGCAAAUACUUGGCUAAGUUGGAUAUACCGGAGUUAGUAGAUACUCCAGUAAACAUGUUAGGGUUUGGCAUGAACCGAUGUCUGGGCUUCUGCUGUGCCAUGUGCGGUGGAUGCCACGAUGUUAUACUUGACGAACCGACAUUGGGCCUUGAUCUGCACGGUUCCCAUCGAAUGUGGGACAUGAUAAAAAUGGCGGCACAUGAUCGUGCGAUCAUUGUAUGUACUCAUAGGCACGAGGAGGCAGUGAUCCUGGCCGAUCGGAUCGCGGUACUCGAUUGGGGACGCCUUCAGUGUUACGGGCGAACUCAAAAACUGCUGAAUAGUUUUUGCAAUGACUAUUAUUUGAACUGUAGAAAAACACAUGGGGAGGAUAACAAUCCGGCGCUGGAAAUGAUGAAGCGUAUUAUGCCCACAGGACUAGAAGUGCAGUUAGAUGAUACCAAACAGCUGCACAUACGAAUACCCGAUGGUAACGAGAAAGCGUUGGCACUAAUUUUGAGGAAUUUGGAAAACACGAAAGGUAACCACAAUAUUAAAAGUUUUACAUUAUUUCGCAAAACUCUUCGCGAUAUGUUUAUCCAAAGCAAUACGAAGCUUCAUUCUCUGCCAAAUUCUGCCGUUGCAAAUAUUCUAAGGUUUGAUCCGGACAAAAGAAAAAACCUCCGUUUACAGCUUCAAGCUAUUUUAAUCAAGAAAUUCAUAUAUCUACGGAAGAAUAUCCUGCUUCCAUUGCUCUGGCUGCUUUUGUUUGCCGUCAGUAUUGUCUUUGAGAUUAGUCCACAAGGCACUGAUCUCGUUCAUUUGCCGAAAAUGGAUCUCUCAUUAUGUUCCUAUAAAACAACAUUGGUACUGUCUAAAUCAAGUGCUCUUCUUAGUCCAAAAAACUUUACCCAACAAGUGGCCAUAUGGUUUAGCCAAUACAUGCAAAAUAAUCCCGGAUUUUGCAGUAACGACGAAAGUAUAUUCAGAACCAUCAAAGGUAGGCGCGAACUAAUUCAAUACAUUUUUAGAGAUCAACAAAUGUCCCUUCUGAAAGUGGAAACAUUUUACGUGGCAGCCAUGGAAUUUAAUCCGGACGGAAUCACAUGUUUUUGGAAUGGCAAGCUCAAUCAUGCCGCACCCAUUUCCCUUAACUUGAUACACAAUGCGUUAUUUCAAUAUGUCACAAACUUAACGAAGGCCACAAUAAAAGUUGCAAAUUAUCCCUUUAAAUUCACUUAUGGAGAAUUCCUAAAUUUAAAAAGAUUACAACAAAAUACGAAUUUGAACAUGGGAACCCUCCCCUUUUUCAUAUUUUUCGCUGGAGUUUCUGUGUAUACCAUUCAUUUAGUGUACGAGGUCCGUUCAGGUAGAAUGAUGCUAGAGCUAAUGAGCGGAGUCAGCUAUAAUUUGUACUGGAUUACUAAAUUUAUAUGGGAUAUCGUACUUUAUAACAUCUGUAUUGUAGCCCUAAUUGCCAUUAUCAUUGUGAAUGAUUUAUUCAAAGCCGAUAACAACACUAGGGAAUACAAUGAUAGUACUUUUAUAGCGAUAAUGAUGUUGCUCUUCGAAAUCUUUGGAUUGGCUGUGUUGCCGUUUAUCUAUCUGCUAAGUUUUCAGUUCAAGAACAUGCUGUUUGGUUACCUACUAACGUUCCUCAUCCUGACGGGGACCAGUUUGCUGCCGAUUGUAGCAGGACCCGGCAUUGAGCGUGUGCUUGAUGCAAACGUUGACGUUAUUCAGUAUUUGUUGUAUUGGUCACCUUCUUUUCUUCUAGUUCAUGGCAUGCGCCAAUUGCAUGUUCUUGGAGCUAUUAACCAAAGCGUUAGGCGUCUCUGUGGGGCAAAAAUGAGUUUUUGCGAAACUUAUGAUGUACCGAGUUAUUUCGGUUUCCAGUAUCCCGGUGUACUUGUACCAUUCAUUAUCCUCAUUUUGUUGGCCAUGGCUUAUGGUCUCAUUUUUUACAACAUAUCGCAAUUCACUUUCUUAAAGCCUUGGCUAAGAAAACUGCAUAGAAAAUGUACUUCAAAGCAUCAAGGGAAUACGUUUAAGUCAUCUGUAUUUGAUGUAGAUAUUUCUCUGGAGGGCAAGCGUAUUUGCUCUUUGGAUGAUAAAGAACGUGGCGAACUAGCUUUAACAUUUGUCGAUGUCGUAUAUUCUAAAUAUUUAAAAGGCGUAUCGUUUGGAAUCAAACACCGCGAGGUAUUUGGCAUAGUGGGUCGAUUUGGUUCCGGCAAGAGUAAAAUCCUUCAGGUCACCGCCGGAAUAGGUGUAAUUGAAAAAGGAGACGUUUAUGUAUACGGCAAAAGUGUACGUUAUAAUCCGAAAGAGGCUUUUAAGUACCUCGGAUAUUGUCCGAAGCAGAACGACUUGUACGAGUAUAUGACUGUAAACGAACUGCUUGACUUCUAUUGUCGCCUAAGCGGACGAAAGAAAAAGGAAAGGAUCAAUUUGGUUGAAUGGUUAAUGACAUCUCUUGAUCUUAUGGAUAAACUUAAAGUCCUCGUUGGUAAUCUGGUUUUCGCCGACUGCCGAAAACUCAGCCUUGCUGUUGCCGUGAUCUCUAGUAACCAGGUCAUAAUGAUGGAUGAACCAACUCGAGGAGUGGAUCCAAGGGGAUGUCAACUGAUUUGGCAGAUGAUAGGCGUACUUCAUAAAAUGGGACGUACUGUCGUACUGGCAAUGGAAUCACUCGAAGAGUGCCUGCCACUAUGCGACCGCAUUUGUAUUUUGGUUAACGGUAGACUACAAUGCAUUGGCUCCGUCGAUUAUCUUAUUCAGAAGUUCUCACGCGGAUCGAUUUUACAAAUUUAUACGCGGAAGGCAUAUGAAUCUCAAGUGGAACUAGAAAACUCGCGUUUGCUGGUCGAAAUGGACUCGAAUGCGCGCAUGGGUGAUAGCCGUAAUAGCCAAAGAAGUAGAACUUUAAGCGUUCAACUUACGUCUGAAUCAUCUGAAGACUACGAGGACUUUUCUAGCGCUCGCAUACAUAAAUAUCAAACCCCAUCAUUCCAUAUUGGAGAAUCACGACCUUCAAAUGAGGAGGACGUAUUUUGUUUUUGGAACAGCCAGUUGCAGCAUUAUCGUGACAUUAGUGAAUUUAUUGAAGUGGAAUUGCCCUAUGCACGACUCGAAGAGCAGUAUUCCAAUAUGCUUGUCUACUAUAUACCCUUUAGCAUGUUUCCAUUGUCUCAGGUCUUUUCCAUGAUGGAGGCAUGUACAAUUUUAUUGAAUGUCUCCCACUAUAUGGUUUGGCGCCCUUCAAUUAUUGAUAUGUAUGAGCAUUUUACAAAGCAACACUGUCGCUUUUGGGGUAAUUCUGCUUCAUUGACUAAGCAGUCGUCGAGAAUGUCUUUGUCCUGGCUAGUAUCGAUAAAGAGAAGUUCAAAAUGGGAUCGUAUCAAACGAAUUUUCAGAAGAGAAAUGUACUGAAUCCUUUCAAUAUAUAUAUAUAAAGUUUUGUGACUUUAUUAAAAUUCAAGGACUUUUACAUUAAUUGUAUGUGUAUACGUGUCGAAAUUCAACCGCAAGUGCUGCUCUUAAACGCCUUACCAAACCAUUUCCAUUUGAAUACUUAAGAAGGAAAUGAAUAAUUCAUUAUACUCCGUCGACUGAACGACGAUGAUUAAAUCAAAUUGUUUAACCCUUGAUUUCUCAAUAUAUUUCAGAAUAUGA